CUCAGUCUGCUAUGACUGAGUGUCAUUAGCUUGGUGGAGUUUACCCUGCUUACACUGGCUGCCUUUAAUCCACCAGUCACCUCUGUUAUCCUAUUAGUCAGCUGCACUGAUGGAAAACAGCUGCAGCGAUAGCGUGAAGGUGGAAGGAGGGAGGUCACUGCAAGUAAAGACAGAUCAUUCUUUAGGUUACUGUCACUAAACUAAACUAUCACCAAUGAAGCAAAUUCAGUUAGAAAUCAGCUGCGGGUGACGUAGACCGGGUGGGUUUGUUUUUUCAGUGAUCUGAAUAGGCGGAUUUCUGACUGAAUGAUCAGAUGUGAGUGAAUGGUGAGGAUGCUGAGGGGCGUAGCGGCGUCGUGCCCCUCAUGGUCAGCCUUCAGGAACUAACCCGCCCGCCACUCACUGCCUGGGCGCGGAGGGAACAGCAGCGCCGCUCUUCACCGCUCUCUGCCGUCCUCCACCUUCGCGGAUAACAGGAGAGGAGGCGCAGCCUGCUUCUGCUCCUGCCUCGCGAGGGGAGGGAGUGAACUUGCAUUCAAACAGGCGGUUCGGAGCGCGUGCUCUCGCUCGGGCUGACUCGCGCCUCCAGUCCGCUCCACGCGGAGCCUCCGGCGGCUACGGCGCGCCGACAAGUACCGGGACACCGCUCGCCGCUCCGGAGCGACUUCAGGUUGAUAAGAGAAGAGUGAAAGACGCAGCAGUCGCUGACCCUGCAGUGUAAACACCUGAUUGGUAAAAGCGGUCACACAGAACACACUCCGUCCUCUGGUGGAUUUCAAGAUCUUUUCAAAACAACAAUACGGACGCCUUUGACUGAGGACGUUUACGAGCUAAAUCCUCAUCUCUCUGCAUAGCAAGGACGCCGGAGUUUUCCACAUUAUACCAUGUGACUGAAAUAUUUGUGGAUCUAAACUCGCCACAAUGCUGUUUCCCUUCACUGCACUCUCCGAGUUUUCAGCCAAGUGACUUUAUGACAAAAUGUCUUUGGCCAAAUGGAGAAAGUUCAGGACUUUUGCUGUCCUGCUGUGCGUUAUUACCUUCACCACACUCCUGUUCAGCUACACUUUCCGGGACCCAUCGCUCUACUUCUUCAAGUACUUCAGGCUCUCGGACAGCUUCUUCUCCAAGGGGCCGUGUUCCUGUCGGCAGUGCGUCGCCGAGCUGGAAGGCGACCAGUGGUUCGCCGAGCACUUCAACCUCUCCAUCCAUCCUUUGAUGACCAGGGAGAACAGCUUCCUCUCUGAUGAGACCUUUAAAUGGUGGCAGUGGUUGCAGUCAGAAAGGCACCCGGCCAAUUUCUCCGAGGUGGUGGAGGAGCUGUUCCAAGUCAUCCCCGACGACAUCCUCUACGUGGACGCCAGCCCCGAGCGCUGCCGGAGCUGCGCCGUGGUGGGGAACUCCGGGAACCUGAAGCGGUCCCGCUAUGGUGGCCUCAUUGACGCCUACGAUUUCAUCAUAAGGAUGAACCAGGCUCCCACCAGUGGAUUCGAGGAGGAUGUCGGAACGCGCACCACUCACCAUGUCAUGUACCCAGAGAGCGCCGUAGACCUGGACAACAACACCAGCCUGGUUCUGAUCCCGUUCAAGACUCUGGACCUGCAGUGGGUCAUCAGUGCUCUGACCACUGGCACCAUCACACACACAUAUUUACCAGUUAGGUCCAGGAUAAAGGCGAACAAAGAUAAGGUGUUAAUUUAUAGUCCAACUUUUUUCAAAUACGUCCACGAGUCGUGGCUCGAAGGUCACGGUCGAUAUCCGUCGACUGGCUUCCUCAGCCUGCUGCUUGCUCUCCACAUAUGUGACGAGGUCAGCGUGUUCGGAUUUGGCGCCGACCGGUACGGAAACUGGCACCACUAUUGGGAGGAGAACCAUUUGGCCGGAGCUUUCAGACACACUGGAGUCCAUGACGGAGAUUAUGAAUAUAAUGUCACCUUGCUGCUGGCGGACAAGCACAAAAUCCGAAUGUUCACUGGCAGAUGAUACCAAUCAUGGGAUGACCAGCGAAUGGACGUCACCGAGCUUUAAAUGAUAAAAAAAAAAACAAGCAAACAAAUAAAAUACUAAUUUUAUUGUGUCUGCAAAUAUGUCUGCUUGACCUCUUUUAUACUGGCCGGUUGUUUCUUAUUAGCUGGAGCUGCUGUCACGGUAAUUAGAAACCAAUCAAGCUUUCUGUCAAACGGACGUUUCAUUGAGGAGACAAAAAGCAACACUGCCGCUUUCCAGAAGCUCCGUUCCACCGCAGACUGAGCAGCCAGGAGGGAAGUAAAGAUGCAUGCCAUAUUAAAAUGCCAAUGUCACACGAUUAAACGUUUCCCUCUGUUUUCUUUUUGUUUUUUCCUAACCAACUUUAAUGUUUUGUUCUUUCUGUCUGACUUUCUCUGGAGUUCUUAAGCCCUUGUGUUAAUGAAAUUGAAAAGAACAAAGUCGUUCGGUCAGCAGCAGAAAGACAAAGUGCUGCAUUAUACUCCUGAUGUAUGCGUACGGAGGCCUGAAUUGCUAAAAAAAAAAAAAAGCCCAUUUUUUGAAGCUGCUAAGCCCUGCGUUUAAAACUAGUGUCAGAACCCUAUUGACUAAGGUGUAAAUCUUAUUCAUAAAUCGACACAAUGUGAGAGUCGAGGCGUCUUGGUUUAAUGGCCAUCAUGACAAAGUCUGGGUUGUUUUUAUUGCGCCGAUCAAUUCUUGCAUUACUCAUUUCCAUCACGUUGCUCCUUGCUCGUGUCCUUGCAGACGUUUGACGAUCGAAGAUCAUUCUUAAACUUAACCCCCAAGGACCGCAUUUUAUUACAAUAUGACAUUCAUAAAAUAUAUAUUUAUACAUAAAACACCCACUGGGCUGCAGCCAGCCUUCAAGAAUAAAUGAUGUUGUUAGCCUUCAAACAUAUUGUUAUCCAAACUGGGAACACUUCCAUCAAACAAACAUAUAUAUAUAUAUAUUUUUUUUUUUCCAAAAAAAUGUUUUCCAAUUUUAAAAUACAAUCUAAAAAGAAAUGCAUUUACAUACAUAGAAAAGUCAUUUGUCCUGUUGGUUGUUUGAUUGGCUUAAACUUUUAUUAAUCAGACAUUUUUCAGUGAUUAGUCGCUUACUACCAUGAAGAUGUGAGUUGAACUUCAAUAUUGACGUUGAUUUGGUUUUAACUGCUCUUGGAUCCUGUCUGGGCUUAGCCUUUAGCUCUUCCAAACAAACGUUAGCCUGUUGAUGUUUUGGUAUUUCCAUGACUCUUGGAUGUCAGAUUUAAGUUUAAAAAUAUGAACUAGGGGCGUGCUGUGGUGGCGUAGGGGAUAGCGUGACCCACAUUUGGAGGCCUUCAGUCCUCGACGCGGCGGUUGCGGGUUCGAUUCCCAGACCCGGCUGAUGUUUGACGCAUGUCUUCCCCCCUUCCUGUCAGUCUACUUUCGAGUAAGGGACACAAGAGACCACAAAAGACCCCCUGGAGGGGAAUGACCUAGAAGAUUUAUUGAAGUUGAAAUUCCAACUAGGAAUAAUGGAAUAAUCCAAAAGGAAUAGUAAUGUUAGCAUGCUAGCAUGUUAAACAGAGCUAGAGAACACUUAAAAAUGCAUUAAACUGAGUGAAAAUUUUAACCUGCUGCUUGGAAGUCAGAAUAGCCAUGUUGGGGGUCGGGGGGAUAAAAAGUGUAGAACACACCGGAAAAUUUUAAUUUUGACUUGGAAAGUCAGAGAUUUCUCACCAAGCCCCGAUCUCAAAAUCCAACAUGGCUGCCACACUUUCUAAAGAUGCUUCAUGUAAUACCGAAAGUAAUUUCCCUAUUGUUUAUGGCACUUCUGACCAUUUAUAUGUCAUUCAGUGACAUUCUGAAUGACAUAGAUCAGAACUAUUCAUACCCCUGGCAUAUUUAGGUAUAAAGUACUCUUAAUCUUACUUUCUUCUGAUUAUAAUUAGCAUAGACGCACUGGAGAAGCCAUGCUCGUCUCCCAACUUGAAUCUGACAAAGAAUGUGUGGAGGGAGUUAAUGAUUAGGGUGAUGGAAAAGAGGUUUUUCCAACCUUAAAUAUAAGCUCCAGCAGACAUGGAGCUUAUAUCGUCAUAAAACAUGCAAAAAUAAAAACUGGAAUACAAUUAUAAUAAGCAUUCGCUGCAAAGACAACAGUCUUCCAUGAAUUAUUGAGAAAGGUGUAAGUAAUUUUCAGCAAGGCAUAUUUUUAAUUCAAACUAAUUGAAAAGACAUUUUAUAAGAUAUUUAUACUUCUUUCAGUUUUUUAUUUCUCCUUUGAAUAAAUAUAUCUCUCCUUCCCUAUCAGAAAUUAUCUUCUUAUUUGAAUGAAUGUUAAGUCUCAUUGUACCAGGGGUAUGAAUAGUUUUGGGCUUACCUGUGUUUACCAACAUGUUCCUUUGGUAAAUAAAAAUGCAAAGCAAUACGUUGCUGGUGGCCUGUGUUGCUAACAUUAUACAAAUAGCUGAUCCCACUGACAGUUUAACUUGGAACUGGAGCAAGGUUUACUGGGUCAAGAUGUCAUUCCAGCUUCUAAGGUAAACAGAACAAACAUUUAUAUGGAGCUCAAUUGGGGCCAUAAAGUAAGUUCAAAUGAAAAAAAUAAACUGAAAAACAAAAAAAAAUUGGAAUCUCAAAAGUACUUUUGAACUUUUUUUUCCGUUUCAAAAACAUUUUUUUUCUGUUUCAGAUCUUUUCAGUUUAAUUUUUUGGCCCUAAUUUAGCUCCAUACCCUUAGCUUUGGCUUAGCUACUCUCCUAAAGUCACCAUGUUUAAAAAUACUUGAUGCACUUUCUGGAACAGCUAAAUUACUCACCCAGAAGCUAUUUCUCCAAUGUAUGCAUCUACUUAGUGUUUGGGCCUUAAGGAUAAGAAUCAUUAUGAUUGGGUUUCAUGUCAUAUAGCCUACAAAAAUAUGCCUUAUUAUUAAUAAAUAUAUACAGAGAGAGAGAGUGCAAUUUUUAUGUACAUAGUGACACAUUUGGAAUGAAAAGUAGAUGUAAGUGCCUUCAUGGACAGUUUUUGACAUUUAUUUUACCAUCAAAUUCAGCUGUGUUCUGAUAUUUACAAAUUUGUAAUGUCUAUGUUACUGUCUGUUCUAAUUCAAAUGGUAUAUGCCGUAUAACAAUCUAAAAGUUACAGUUAAGAUGUCGACAUGUUCAGCAUCACUCCAUGUAGUGGAGGUUUGAAACGAAAAUCUACUUGCUAAGCUACUGUAUGCAUUUAAAUGUUCAUUUCUCUGCGGUUGAGGGGAAUGAAAGCAUCCACAGUGGGUUUUUUUUUUCAACAGACUUUUCAGGCACUAAGGUUGGGUGCCAUCUCCUGAUUGGUUAAAAUUUGCUCCAUGUGCCUUGAAACCAAACUUUACAUUGUGACCUGCUUUACAUGUCUUCGCAAAUCUGUAGAGUCGUCUGAAGGCUGUUGCUGUUUAUUUGUUCUACAGGGAACACUGUCAUCUAGUGGACAAGCAUCACGUCUAUUAACCCUAAUAGACGUGAUGCAAUACAAACUAACUGUAAGCUCUUCAUAUUUCAUUGUCCAACUUUUAAAUAAUAUUUUUGAGUGUUUGAAGUUCAUGGAUGAAGCAACAUGUCAACUCUACUGGCCUGAGAAGGUUCACUGAGGUUGACCCGAGUGGGACAAACACAUGAUUAAAAUUUAAAUAAUUUAGUUAUUCAGCGAUCUGUGGAUGCCCAGGAAAUCUAUAAAUUGCUUUGAAAGACGUGUGUGGAGGGAGGGGAGUAAAUUAUUCAUAUGUCAUUCAAAAGACAGAUAAUUGCUUAUAAAUAAAAAUCAGUAUUUUAGAUAUUAUGGUGAGAACUUUGACUGGGUGUCCUUUUGUUCUACAGUGUUUUAAAAUCAACAUAUUCCCUCAUUCCUGUGUACAUUUCUGAAAUGACUUCAUCAACCAUAAUUGGAGAAAUUAAUUAUCAUUGUUCGUUUCUCUUUUUGUCAUUAAUGUAUACUACAGAUGAAUUGUUUAAAUAAAAUUGUUUGAAUUAAUGUUUUUGUAAAUAUAUUUUAUAAAAAAUGGUAGAAAUAGAGGUUUCAGCAGAGGGCGGACGGUAGGGGGUGCUAUAGCGCCCUCUGGAUUAGACAU